AUGAGAACCUUUCGUGACUCGCUUCGCAUCGGCUUGAUGGUAGGCAUCAGCGGAGGAGCUCCUUCCGUAGAGCACGACAUUCGCCUUGGUGACAUUAUAAUGAGGGCGGUAGAACUAUAUGAUGAUCCUCAGUAUCUAGUGUACCUUCAAGAAGCUAUUGGGAAAAAUAAAUGGACACGGAACACCUUCAGCCGCCCUGACGUCGACACGGACCGGCUAUUCAAAAUAGAGUAUGAGCAUCCUGAGAACGAAGCAUCCUGUGAUCAGUACGGAAAGACGAGGGAGGCCAUCCACAAGGAUACCGGUGCGUUGUGUUUUGAGAUGGAGGCGGCGGGCUUAAUGGCGGACUUUCCUUGCCUGGUGGUACAGGGUAUUUGCGAUUAUGCCGACUCACAUAAGAAUAAACAAUGGCAAGGUUAUGCUGCACUAGCGGCUGCAGCCUUUACGAAAGAGCUGCUAGGCUAUGUGCCAAAAGGUAUAUCUCAAGAGAGCUUAGUUGCAGAUAUGUGCUCCCUGCUUGAAGAUAUUAAGGAGGACCAAAGAAAGGCUUUCGAUCAACGAGAAAGCCAUCACCGCGAGAAAAUGGAGAGAGUCUUGACGGAAGAUCAACGUCGCUGUCAUCAAGCAUUCAAGACGUCGACCUAUGAAAAGUUCAAAAAUAUUAAUCCUAACUGCGUGGAAGGAACGUGUGAGUGGGUACUCAACAGCCCUGAGUACCUGCAAUGUGGUAAAUCUGUACUCGCCAAAUCCCUGAUUGAUAGCGUGUUUAGGGCCUCUGACCCGAAUGUCUCUAUUGUGUAUUUCUUCUUUAAGGAUAAUGACGAGCAGAAUAAUCUUGCUACUACUUUAUGUGCUGUGCUUUAUCAGCUGUUCAGCUUGCAACCACAACUGCUGCGACAUGUAUUACCAUUCUGGGAAAGAAAUAAAGAGAAGAUUUAA